AUCGCUGUGGGCUCGGCUCAAAUGUCAAACGCGACUAUUUCGUCAACAGAGUCGUGGCGCGAUAGUUGGAUUUUAUGAAAUAACAACAAAUAAAACAGUGUAUUUGACGGACAAUGGAUAAUAAACGGUAGAAGUCGGUACGUUUUUUCGCACCGCAGUACGUACAGCUGCCAGUCGUGUUGUUACAACCAUCGUAAACGGUGUUAUUGCGAUCUUGUUAACUAUUGAUUUUUGUUAUUCGCCGGUUUUGAGAUUGUUAUGAAGUUUCAGUAACUUGGACAAUUGGUUUGGACUAGAUCUACGAUUUUGUAUUUGUUGGAAACUUAUUAGCUGUGAAAAUAUUUAUAAUUUGCUGUACAGUUGUGUGUAUCAUCGUGGGAAACCCAAUACAGGAACAUGGAGAAAGUUGAAUCAGCCCUGGAUGUUCUCUCAAGAGCUGCUACAAUGGUGCAGCCUUGCCCUGCCUACCCUGCCAGCGAUUCAGACAGCUUCGAGACCCCAAGCACGGCGUCGAGUGGGGAAUCAGAGGGUGACCGAACCCUGUCCCCCGAAGCGCCCAGGACGCUCCAGCCUAAGGAGAUGACCGGCAAAUGGCGGCGGGAGAGACGGGCUACCAGGGUUCCAGAGUACAGGCCCAGAGAAAACGGCAAGAUGGCGCUCCGAUCGCAGUCGUUCAACGAGAGGCGGUGCGCGCCGUCCGUUGUGCGCGCGCAGCCCCACAGCGACGGAGAGCUCUCGGAUGAGGUGGAUGACGCGCCUGCCAACCUCGCUCUUAACGGCAAAGGUGCGCCACCAGAGUACCCGGGCAAGCAUGAAGCGCCCAUAGACAUGCGCCUGCGCUCGCGGCCCGCGCCGCCGCCGUACAACCGGCCAUCUGUCAUCAAGAGCAAUGACGUGCCGCCCGGUUCGAUGUCAAUGUGCGACCCGGUCAUAGACGAACACUUCAGGCGCUCGCUCGGAGACGACUACAUGAAUCUGUUCAAGAAGAACACGGAGGCAGUUCAGCCUGGCCCCAAGCCGAAUACCAAGGACCGUGCCAGCAGCCCCAUACAAUUCAAGCCCGAAGAGCCUCCCAAACCCACCAAAAUCAUCGCCAUGGAAGUCGACGACGCUAGUGUUUCCGUAGACGACCACUUCGCGAAAGCCCUCGGCGACACCUGGCGACAGAUCCAAACCUCAAGGCUAAAAGACAACGACAAAACGCAAACCACCGGCAAAAACGUCGUCGACGACCACUUCAGCAAAGCCUUAGGUGACACCUGGAAGAAGAUCCAAUCGUCCAAACUGAAGCUAGACGAAACUGACAAAACAAAAGAAACGACGAAAAUAAUUUCAAGGAGCGGCGUCGUAAUAUAAUGACGCAGUUAAGUCUCCGUGGUUCGGUUUACUGCCUUGUAAAAUUUACGAGGCAUUUUCAUGAUACUAACUCCAGUAUCAAUAAAUUCCCACUUGUUUAACAUAAAGGAAGCUAUCAGAUAUUUUAUUGUCGACACGAAUUAAGUGUCCAUUAUCGACGAUCGCUAAUUUUUAAUCCGAAUCCAUGACAAUCCUGUUACCUUAGGUUUUGGGUAAUGUAUUUGAGAUGAUAUUUAAAUUUAUAUUUUGUUGUAUGAAUAGUCAAUUAGUAGUCACCAGUUACACGUCGUAAGUUAUUACCUCAAUGUAAGCGCUUUUGCACAAUUCACUAUAGGUUACUGUAACUUUGUUUAAGUAUUGUAAAUAAUAGUCAUCGCUUAGGAGAUCGGAAGAUGGAAUGUUGUGAACACUUUAAGUCUAAUUUUUAAUGUUCCUUGUGUAAACUAUGUGUAUAUUAUGUGGGUAGGAUGGAUGUGGGAGAUCUUUGAAUAUGUAUGAUAAUAAUUACGAAAACUCAACGAAGCUGAUGUCAGAUAUUAGGAGUAUGUUAAAUUUUAAUUUCCAUGCAUUUUUGUUAAGUCUGGUUCUCACAGUAACUAUUCCCAGAAGCAUAGACGUCACGAAUGCCAACUAGUCAGGAAACUAACUAUAACAAUUUUACUGCUGUACGCGUGUACUUAAAUCGACUAAUAAAUGGUUCCUUAUUUUUUGUUAUAAUAACGGAUCUUAUGGCUCUUCUAUCUUGUACAUCUCUACUCCUAUUUUAUAGCUACAAAAUUUAAAUAGGUUUUGUAAAUGAAUAUUCGCUGUGUAUCACUUUAUUCUAAGGACAGACAGACUGCAAUAAUGUAACGUUUAUUUUCUAUUAAGAUCAAAUUAUUAAUAUGGAAUGCCAUAGAUCAAAAUAAAAAACAAUGAAUGAUUGAUUAAUGAUACUAUUUUGUUCUGAUAAUGUAUGGUUAGUAUCCAGAAAGAAAACUUCAAUCUACCCUCAAAAGAUUCAAACUUAACAUUGGUCUAAGAUAACCAGUGGCUGUUGCUAAGUUUUAAAGCUUUGUUUCAGAAAUUUAAAAAUCUGGUGGAGUUUUUCAAAUUAAUGUCUAGAAAGGCAAGAACUUUCGCAUCAGGAUAUUUAUGUAUGAGUUAAGCAACGAAAUGUUCGUAUUAAUUUAUUAACUCUCCCCAAUAUAAUGAAUGAUAUAUUUUUAAAUAUUUUCUGUUCGGCGAGGGAAUGAAUGAGGACAAAUUAUAUGUGUUAUUCUCUCUACGUCUUUUUAUGUCCUACAAUUUAAAUAUUGUUUGUAUGUCUGUACAUAGAUGUUUCCUAUUUAUGCACUCUAGGUAGUUGUUAAGGUAUUAAACUUCUCUGAAGUUAAGAAAAUACACGUCAAUCUCAGAA